GAACGAGCGAGCCAAGUUGUUAAAGACGCCUCCGCUGAAGAUGGUGAGGAUGAAUGGUCUCAUUUAAAAAUAACUUCCAAGUCAAAAGAAGCAAGAAAGAAUUGUAAUACAGUCCAAAAAUCACACGAG